UCUUGCUUCUGAGUUGGUUAAGGGUUAUCAAUAAAAAACUAUCAAUUCUCGGUGUGUGGUAAAAAUUGAUCUAAUAAAGGCUUUUGAAUCUGUGAAUUGGGAGUUUCUGUUUGAUGUCUUGGCUGCUAUGGGUUUAAAAGGGAAAUUUAUUAAUUUGCUAAGAGCCUGUGUUUGCAUUCCUAUGGUCAGUGUCUCGCUUAAUGGUGGCUUAUGUGGUUUUUUUGGAAUGAAAAAGGGUUAAGACAGGGUGACCCUCUGUCACCUUAUUUGUUUACGGUUGCUAUGGAAGUUUUGGAUGGGCUAAUGAAGAGAGCUGCUCGUGAUAAUCAAAUUCCUUACCAUCCUCGUUGUAAACCCCUAGCCAUAACUCACCUUUGUUUCGCUGAUGAUUUGUUUGUGUUUACAAAUGGGUCAAUUUGUGGGGUGGCAGGCAUUAUAAGAUUGAUGGAAGAGUUUUACACCUUGUCUGGUCUUCGUUGCAAUCCUGCAAAAUGCCAGUUGUUCUGUGCAGGAAUCCCAGAGGAGGAAAAGUAGUCCAUUUCUGUUUAUUCAGGAUUCCCUUUAGGUCAGCUUCCUGUGAAGUACCUAGGAGUUCCUCUAAUCACUAGUAAACUAUCUAGAAGAGAUUGUCAGGUCUUGAUGGAUAAGAUAACUCAUAGAAUCCAAAGGUGGAGGGCUAAGCUAUUGAGUUUUGCGGGUAAAGUUCAACUUAUCAGUUCGGUAUUGUCUAGUGUGUUGCAGUAUUGGAUGAACAUAUUUUUUGCUUCCUAAGUUUGUCAUCUCUGAAGUUGAGAGAAUAUGCAACCAGUUUCUUUGGGAUGUCACUGAUGCUAGUUUGAGAACUUGCACUGGUUGCCUGGAAGGUUGUUGCUCGCCCGACGAAGGAAGGAGGUCUGGGGAUUAUGAAUUUUGUGGUUUGGAAUAAGGCUUGUGUGGUCAGGCAUGUGUGGAAUGUUCUUAUAUCUAGUGGCUCUUUAUGGGUGGCAUGGGUGCAACGUUAUCGCAUCAAGCAGAAGUCGUUUUGGGAUUUGAAGGAGGGAGCAGCUGGUUCCUGGGUUUGGAAACGUUUGCUGAGAUGUCGGUCUGAUAUCCAACAUUUUGUCUCUAAUCAGGGGGACCUCACUCUUUGGGAUGGCGAACCUAUGGCUCGGUACUCUGUAAAAAGGGCGUGGGACUCCCUCAGGUUGCACGAUUCACCUGUUGGUUGGUUUGAGCUGGUCUGGAGUAAGGAAGUGGUUCAUCGACAUGGCAUUAUUCUCUGGUUAGCUAUCCUGGGCAGAUUGCGUACUCAGGACAAACUACUCGCUUGGGGAAAACCGGUUUCAGGAUUCUGUGUGUUUUAUCCAGGGGGAAUUGAGACCUGCUGUCAUAUUUUCUAUGCUUGCCCCUUUAUGCAGGCCAUUGUUACAAGUUGUGUGGCAUCUCUGGCCCCUGUUAGUGGCUUGGGCACAUGGGAGGAGGUGAUCGACUGGUGUGCCAGUGAGUGGAAAGGGAAGAGUUCUGCAGCAGUUGCUUGUCGUGCUGUUUGGAGUCUCGCUGUCAGCCUUACCUGGCGGGAGCGUUGUGCAAGAUUGUAUGGGGUGCAGUCUGUUAAAACCCCAGGUAUUCUUUGCAGAGAAGUUGGAAGAGUUUUGAAAUGGCGGGCGGAGAUUGACUUUGACCUCCAGAAGAGCCUUAGUGCGAUCAGAUUAGGUUGUUUAUAGGUUUUUUAUUGUACUGUUUCUGAUUUGUGAACGUUUGUUUGUUUGAGAGGCACUCGAAGAGCUGCCUGUGCUUAAUGAAAAUUUUGAUUAACCAUAAAAAAAACUUAACAACGUUAAAGAAUAAGGUUCGUGAACAUACAUGUAAGCACAUAUGUACUGCAUGUCAAUCGCAAAUAAUCCAUAUUUUAGCUACGUCAACUUAAAUUACUGGAAAUUCUUACAACGCCUUCAACCAAGGUAACUUGAAAAUUUUGACCUGCUAUAGCCGGUUUCACAGGUCGUAUUACACAAUAUGAAUUAGUCAUCACAUAAUAUUUACGUAGCGUAUGUUUGCCUUACGCAAUAGUUGUAAAAUCGUGUUGUAUAAAAGAUGACAUUUUUACGUAAUGAAUAUGGUGUGACAUCUGUGAUGGUUAUUCAAUCGAUUGCAUGGUUGUAUUAACUAAUCCCUAUUAAGCCAAGAAUAACUCAAGAUGACGUUGUUAAUAUAGUGGUCGACCAAGGUCGUGUUCCACGAGUCUCGAUCGCAUAGGUUACUUCUCAUUUUAUUGUUAUCUAGUCGUUCGAUUUAGAUUUGUUUUUGGAGGAACAAAUGGUAAAUACUAGCUUAAGAAAGCAGAGAUAAAAACAGGUACUCAGGGCAUCACCCUCUUCCUAGAAUUAGAAUAUAGUUCUAUCAUGCAAAAGGUUAAUAAUGUUGGUUUGUGCAAACAAGGUGUGGGACUCACUUAUAUAGAGACUAGCUCAAUGUUUAUGCAAAUAGCCCCCUCCUAGCAUGUUCCACUGACCGAAUGUCACCUCGAUCAUGUGUCUCUUUCUAUCACUAUGAAAUAAACUCCAUUCUCACUUGGGUGUGUGGAUUUCUAGCCAUGUAUGUUAGAGUAUGAUAUUGAAUGACUCCUAUACUUGUUACACUAUUGAUUAUAUAUUGAAUUGAGAUAUUAUCAUGAAAUUGAUUAGGUAUGGAUCACACUCUUCAAUUUUUAGCUAUUGACCUAAGGUAGAGAAUAUCCAAUUAGGUUGAUUACAUCAUCUUCAAUUCCUCAUUGUGGGUCAGUUGAACAAGUUUGAUAUUGGUCUAUAUUGUCGUAUUUGAUCAAGAUCCUUCAGUGAGAGUCGAAUUACACGCCUUCGAUGUUAUACUUGCCAGCUAUAGAAACUCUCCCUUUAGGUAGUUCAUUUCAGUGGGCUUGGAUAACUCGAAUAAGGUGUUCAAGUUAGUAUAGAGCUCUUCGCGGUAUAAAUCUAGAGUGGGCAAGCUAGGGGAAGUCAACAUAAACCUAAUUUAAGGCUAGAGAUAAGCACACCCGAGUGAUUUUCGUACAAUUGAAUUCAAAUCAAUCUUUUUUUGCUUUGCAUGUUUAGUGGCUUAAUCCAAACCACAUCUUGUUAGCUAGAUAACGAUAAGUGCACCAAUUCGUAGUAAACUUAAAGCCCCUGUUGAUAAAUUAAACUUACUUACACCAUACUACACCUGACUGGAGGUGAUACUUGGCCUUCGAUUGAAAGAGUAGUUAGUAGUGAGUCAAGUUCUUGGCAAAGUGAACUAUUGUUAAUUUAGUAUUUACAUUUUGUUUCAUUUUGGUUUUGCUUUUCACGGGUGUGUUGUUUGAGGUGUACUACUGAAUCGACUCUAACUACACAUCCCAAUCGACGACCAAGCAUAACAAACGACCAAGUGUAGCAUAGGGGUAAGCAAGAAAAAAAUAUCGAACCACUGGUCUCUAGAUGUACCAUACUUCAAAUUAAGUUUUCGUUAUAUA